UUCCCUGUAAUCACUUUGUCAAAUGGCCCAUAAAUACUCUUACUUAGUGUUUUAGAGACACACUCAGUCCUCAGUGAUGGUUAACUCUAUUGUCUAAAAUAUAAACAGUGCAUCGCCAAGAACAAAAGAAAAGACUUGCCUAAAAAAAUGAAAGUCAGCCGUGCAUUGAAAUAAGUACAUAUGUAAGUCUGAGUGUGGGCUGGCUAAUUAUAGACACAACAAUAUACAAAGAAAAUUUAUCUUCCUCUUGUCAAUUAUCUUCAUCUCUUUUAACUCCACAAGUCUAAUGUCUUUAGAGUUUCUGUACAUAAGUUGUGGUGGUAACUUGCCCUUGUUUGCAUAAACCGUAAUGUACGGAGCACGUCAAUGGCAAAAGAAAAGACAGCCUAAUUUAUGGGACAAUAAAACUUAUCAUUAUCCAUGGCCACCACAGAUGUUAAAAAUUUGCCGUCCAUUUUUGAUUGAUGAACUUGAGAAGGCAAUGCAAGAUUCCAGUCCUGUCCGAAAAGCUGUCUUUAUUCAAGUCAACCAAAACUACACAGAAACUGAUUGGAUUAUUGAGCAAUCAAAAAACAACAGUACUAUUGUGGGUAUUAUAGGCUGGGUGGACUUACAAGAUCCAGAAUUAGAAUGUGUUCUUGACAAGUACAUGAAAUAUGCAAAGUUCAAAGGUGUCCGUCAUAUUGUCGAGGCUGAAUCUGAUGAUGGCUGGCUCAGACGGGAAGAUGUUCUUAGAGGAUUAGGUUUUCUAGAAAAGAAAGGACUUACAUAUGACUUAUUAAUAAGGCAAAGGCACUUUGAACUUGCUUGCGAUGUUGUCAAAAGAUUUCCAAGUUCAGGAAUGGUAACCGAAGCGGAUCACGAAUCAUGGACAGUGGAUGACCUAAAACCCUUUGUCAAGCAUGUGCUCUCAGUAUUUGGUGUUGAGAGAUGUUUCUACGGCUCUGAUUGGCCAGUGUGUUACCUAGCAACCUCGUCGUACGGUCAAGUUUACCAGGCCCUUCUCGGCGCUCUUGCAGAUUUAAAUGACAAUGAUAAAAUCUCAAUAUUUUGUAAAAAUGUAGUGAAAAUAUAUAAGUUACAUAGCUAGAGAAACCGCAUGGCAGGAAUACGUUAAAUGUAGAAUUGCAAAUACCAAAUUUAUAUAGAAGAAAAAUAAGGCACCAACCAAAGGUCUAGCCUAAUGACGUCAUGUGUGUUUUGACGAAGUGCAUUGUGGUAUUGAUGAAAGUUUCAAGAUGGCGAAUGUCUAAAAACGACAAACGAGGAAGUUUCUUUGCCGAAAUUAAAACUAUCCGAGCUUCAGAAUCUUUUAGAAGAGCAUUAAUGAGAUGCCUAAAGAUAAGAACAUGUUAAAAGACCUUUCUGGGAAAUAACCAAUGCAUGUUGUUCGAUAAACAGCCUGAAUAAACACGAACGAAAAACAAUAUGGCUGACUUUGUAUUUUCGUCAAUCGCAUGGUGCAUUUGGCCAACGACAUUCUGGGAAAGCGCAAGCUAGCCCCUAUAUUGCCAUAUGGACUAAAGAUUCAUAUGUCUUGUACGUUUUGUUGGAGCUUGCCAUGUCCAAAUGACAGUCCUGCUUUUUUACUAAUAUUUCUUAGUUCAAGACCCACGCUUGAWGCUUGGGACAAGGUCAAAACAUUGUUUUUUUACAUGAGCUAGAGUUGUUUUCAAAAACAUAGUGAAGCAAUACCAUUAACAAUUAAAUAGAUAGCAAUAAUUACAAUGAAAUACUUUGUAAUCCUACGUGAAUUCGCGUGUUUUUGAGAAGCACUCCGAUAUGAAGGUUCAAACUGAAUACAGUGUGCUAAGGACAAUGAGAUCAAGAAAGGUUUUUCACUAAAAUGUUUCGUUACUUUUGUAUUAUUACAAUGUGAAAAACCUUUUGUUUUUGGUAGUGUACGUAUCUCAAACUAAGUAUUCUUGUCAUUGUCAAUGACAGCAAGGUGCUGGCUUACGUGCUUUUAGUGACAAAUGCCUCCACACAAUUUACAUCUGAAGUUGCGCGCCAUUUUCACAGAUAUAGCUCACCACCGAUUGUGUUAAUAUCAGAAUUACUAAGAGAAAUCCAUAGCUGGGUGUUAAAAGGAAAAUUACACGUMRAAAAUCUUGUGAMAUAAAGGUUUUUUAAAGUAUUUGAAUUAUAAAUGAAAGAGGACAUUGAAAUGAAGACAUGAGUUUUAUAGUAAUUUAAUUCCGAUCAACCUACGUACACGCUACGAACCGSCGCCUGGAGAAAUGCUUUGAUAUACUAAAACUAUCGAAGGUACUAGCUAUAAAUUKAUAAACUUUAUUCAAAAUACAGUUUCAAAGGCGUUAUAAAGUGCGUGUUCGCGUUAACUUUAAAUACAAUUUAAGACUAGUGMUAAGUGCAGCUAAGUACAGUUUGAAUUUUUCAUGUGUUUUUAGAAAUAUCUAWAGAAGUGAAAAUGUCGAAGUCAAAAAAACAUUUUUGCCACGCACAACAAACCUUCAAGAAACGUCAUUAGUUAUGAAGCGCUAAUAUAAAAAUAAGCCUUAAAAAGCGAAAAAUCAAGCAUUUCUUUCACUCAUUACGAAGACUACAAGCCCAGAACAUGAACUCUACWAAGUUSCUAGUUGUUUUCAGUGUUUUUGCUUUGUUGGUUUUAACUUCCYAUUGUCAGUUGGCGGACUCGGAGGAAGGUUCUGUUAUAGAAAGGCGAAGAGGUUGGGCAGAUAGGAAGCGUGGUUGCAUCGGAUGGACAAGAUAUAAGAAUAAAUGCAGAGGAAGGAAACGAUUCCUUGACGUGAAAGAUACACAGGACCAAAGACCGUCAWUGGACUUUGACGACAUCUUCAAAUAAACUUCGUCAAAAGAGARGGCAGARAUCGUCAACGACCAAUCAGUCAAACAGCUGAAAACUGCUUGUAAAUGAAUAAAGUCUUUUAWUGAAGUGUGAUUGAUUUAAAUUUUUCACUCGAAACGCCCACCUCUAUAUUAUAAAAUAAAGCUUGCGAUAAAAACAUAACACGCGCGUGCCAGCGUAAGUACUUACGAAAAUGUUAAAAUUCCAUUACCAAAAGGCAUCCUUUUUGCAAGAGUUUGUUGAUGCUUUGAAGAUAAAAUCUAAGGAAAAAUAAGCAAAAACUUACUCUUUAUUAUCCCUUUACGCUCUAUGAAUGGAGAGAUUUUACUAAGAGUUAACCUUAAAACCGACGGAUGGAAACGAAUUGUUAAAUGGAUAUUUGAAGUCAACUCAAAAAUUACAAUUUUUUGCCGUAUAUAUGAUAAAGCCAGUCGCAUUGCAUGACGGUUAGUGAUGGUCCUUUAAUACCGAGGCGUUCCAUCAGCGUCAAAUUCGUUUCCGCGAUGUCUUACAUUUGGAAAAUUACACUAGACAACAGAGUGCUUACAUGUGCAGAAAUUAAAAUUGGCUCUAGAUCUCGCACUUAUUAUUAGUAUCUUAGCGUGGGUGCCACGAAACUUCAGCAUAAAACUAAGAGAAAGACUGUUUUAAGUCGUUUAAUUACUGACAAGCGUUUUUAAUCAAAYACAGAUCAUUAGUCCGGUAUUGUUUGAUUAGGGCCAUUCAGGGAAAAUUAGUGAGUUUAGUUUAUAAUAAUUAGAUUAACUCAAAUCUUUUAAUUUCUGCACGUGGGACUGAACACUGGCUAGACGCGCGGUUAAUUACGACUUAAUUUUUUACACAUGGAUUUACAGAUAAAGGAACCCUUUUGUGGCUGACUUUUUGGGCGUUUAAAGUAAUCAAACAG